CAAUCAAUCAAAUUAAUCUUUGCUCUCUAUCCUUUCCAAGCAGUUAACUAGAAGUCCAUCAAAAUCUUCUCUGAAAAUGGUUCCUCCAAACCCAGCCCAUCAACCGGCUCGGCGAACUCAACCGCAGUCGCAAUCGCAAUCGCAACCUCGACCGCAACCCCUUCCGGGCAGGCGUAUGAACCCUGUCCUAUGCAUCAUUGUCGCCCUUGUCCUCUUGGGACUCCUUGUGGGUCUCGCUAUAUUGAUCACAUACCUCACACUCAGGCCAAAGCGACUCAUCUACACGGUAGAAGCCGCGUCGGUCCAAGAUUUUGCUAUAGGCAACAAUGACGAUCACAUUACCGCAAAAUUCAGCUAUGUGAUCAAAUCAUACAACCCGGAGAAACAUGUCUCCGUAAGAUACCACUCCAUGCGUAUCUCCACUGCUCAUCAUAACCAGUCUGUGGCUCACAAAAAUAUCUCUCCUUUCAAGCAACGUCCUAAGAACGAGACUAGGAUUGAGACGCAGCUUGUGUCCAAGAAUGUGGCACUGUCUAAGUUCAAUGCCAGGGACUUGAGGGCUGAAAAAUCAAAAGGGACGAUCGAAAUGGAAGUGUAUAUAACAGCUAGAGUGAGCUACAAGACGUGGAUUUUCCGGUCGAGGAGACGUACUUUGAAGGCUGUGUGUACGCCUGUAAUGAUCAACGUUACAUCAAGCUCGUUGGAUGGAUUCCAGAGAGUCUUAUGCAAAACUCACGGGACCAAGUUCUGCGAACAAAUACCCAUGCUUGUGAACUCUUUUGGCGUGUGGGAGAAGAUAGGUUUACCUGUUCUCGGGAUGAAGAUAUGGGACUACAGUCUUCCCCUUCUCGAGAGCGUAAUCGUCCUAGUACUCUGUUUAUGGCAGUUUUUCUAUUUCUCCCUAAAGAAGAUAGGCCUCCCUGUGCCAAAGAUCACCUCCAUGAUGAUUGCCGGGGCAGCUUUGAGCCAGACGAAUCUUUUGCCGAAUGACUGGACGAUCCAACACAUUUUAUUCCCGGAUGAUACUAGGCCAAAAGUCCCUGAGACGCUCGGUGGGUUCGCUUUUGUGUUUUAUUGGUUCCUCGAAGGUGUUAAAAUGGAUGUUGGGAUGGUUAAGAAGACUGGUACGAAAGUGAUUGUAACAGGAAUGGUCACUGUUCUUGUCCCCAUUUUCGUGGCUAACAUGGUGUUUGGUAAGCUAAGAGAGACCGGGGGGAAAUACUUGACAGGAAUGGAGUACAGAACAAUUUUAUUCAUGCAGAGCAUCUCGGCGUUCACGGGUAUCUCAAGGCUAUUAAGGGAUCUCCGGAUCAACCACUCAGAGUUCGGCAGGAUCGUGCUUUCCACCGCUAUGGUGGCGGAUGUUACUGGUUUUGCUGUUAAUCUAUUUGCCCUUGUGGCGUGGUUGGACUGGAGGGUUUCUGCGAUGCAAGGCGUAGGAAUUAUCGGAUAUGUCAUAGUCAUGAUUUGGGUUGUGAGACCGGGGAUGUUUUGGGUGAUCAGACGGACACCACAAGAGAGACCGGUGAAGGAAUGCUUCAUCUACAUCAUCCUCAUUUUAGCCUUCGGUGGUUACUAUUUUUUGAAGGAAAUUCACAUGUUUCCGGCUGUUGGACCCUUCAUUUUGGGUUUGUGUGUGCCUCACGGUCCUCCUCUAGGGUCUCUACUGAUAGAAAAGUUUGAAAGCUUUAACACUGGAAUCCUUUUGCCACUUUUCUUGUUCUUCUCAAUGAUGCAAAUCGAUGGACCUUGGAUAGCUAAGGAGAUCGGUCAACUAUGGCAUUUUGAAGGUCAGUUGUAUGAAGCCUUGACCAUCAUCAUCGUUGUCUUAGUCGCCAAGAUUGUCUUCUCAACGAUUCCUGCAUUGCUAGCCAAAAUGCCUCUAACCGACUCUUUCGUUAUGGCACUCAUCCUCAGCAACAAAGGAAUUGUUGAGCUGUGUUAUUUUAUGUAUGGCGUUGAAAGCAAUGCUCUUCAUGUGAAGUCCUUCUCGAUAAUGGCAUUGAUGAUUUUAGUGAGCUCUACGAUAUCACCAGUGUUGAUACAUUACCUAUAUGAUUCGUCAAAACGAUUCAUUAGUUUCCAGAAGCGGAAUCUAAUGAGCUUGAAGCUUGGCUCAGAGCUGAAGUUUCUAGUGUGCAUUCACAAAGCAGACCACAUCUCAGGGAUGAUCAACCUUCUAGGACAGUCUUUUCCUCUACAUGAAUCCACAAUCACUUGCUACGUGCUUCACCUCGUUGAGCUUGUGGGUUUGGACAAUCCAGUCUUCAUCUCCCACCAAAUGCAAAAGGCCGAGCCCGGAAACCGGUCUUAUUCAAACAACGUCCUAAUCGCUUUUGAUAACUUCAAACAUUACUGGAAAUCGAUAUCGCUGGAAUUGUUCACAUCCAUAUCAAACCCUAAGUACAUGCACCAAGAGAUUUACGCGCUCGCUCUCGACAAACAAGCUUCUUUCAUCAUGCUCCCUUUCCACAUAAUAUGGUCCCUUGACCAGACAACGGUGGUCUCAGACGAUGUCAUGCGUAGGAACGCUAACUUGAAUGUCUUGAGACAAGCACCUUGUUCCGUGGGGAUAUUUGUCCAUCGCCAAAACCUUUUCUCUGCGCAAAAGAGCAAUCCGUCGUAUCAGGUCUGCGCAAUUUUUGUGGGCGGGAAAGACGACAGAGAAGCCUUGGCACUGGGGAGGCAAAUGAUGAGGAAUCCGAAUGUGAACCUAACAGUGUUGAAGCUAGUCCCAGCGAAAAUGGAUGGGAUGACCACAGGGUGGGAUCAGAUGUUGGACUCGGCAGAGGUUAAGGAGGUUCUGAGGAACAAUAACAAUACUGCUGGACAACAUAGUUUUGUGGAAUACGUAGAGGAGACAGUUAACGACGGUUCCGACACAUCAACAUUACUUCUCUCGAUUGCUAAUUCUUUUGAUUUAUUCGUGGUGGGGAGGAGCGCCGGAGUAGGGACAGACGUGGUGAGUGCACUGAGUGAGUGGACGGAGUUUGAUGAGUUAGGUGUGAUUGGAGAUUUGUUGGUGUCUUCAGAUUUCCCCCGUAGAGAGCAGAUGGACAUGAGUUAUUGGGACAUGACAUGGCGAGAAUACAAUGAAGACAACAAAACGUCUCGCUUCUGCGAGUCACACCCUUACAUAGUAAAUUCGCACGGGAUAUGGGAAGUUUUGAGUUACAAGAGAGGGAUGAAAUUCUGGGAAUAUCCGCUCCCGAAUCUUGAGAUCUUAAUCUUUUCUACUUUUUUUAUAUGGCGGCUUCUCGACAUCUCAUUCAACAGAAUUGGUCUUCGAGUACCUAGAUUCACCUAUAUGAUGAUCGCAGGGAUAAUCUUAGGUCAAACUUGUCAUGUAAGCAACAAGUCUUGGCUCCAUAACAUUUUUUUCCCUGAUGAUAACCGACCAAAGGUCGCCGAGACGCUAGGGGCUUUUGGCUUCGUUUUAUAUUGGUUCCUCAAAGGUGUGACUAUGGAUGCCGAAUUGCCAUUUAAGACGGAGAAAAGGUCUAGUGUGAUCGGAUUCAUUACAGUAUUUAUACCCUUGAUUUGUGGCAGCCUCACUUUUAGAUGGAGAGAACGAAGAGGGAACAUAAGCUUGUUAAGGACGGAAUACAGGUUGAUCAUAUUCUUGCAAAGCAUAUCCGCGUUCACGAGCAUUGACACACUCUUAAAAGACCUCCAGAUCAAACACUCAGAGUUUGGGAGGAUAGCCCUCUCUGGGGCUAUGGUGACUGACAUGUUGGCUUUUGUUGUAACAUUUUUCAAUGCAAUCUACUGGGAAGGAUUGUACGGCUUUAUGCAAACCUUAGGUUUCUGCUUCUUUGUCGUUGUUAUGAUCUUCGCUGUGAGGCCGGCUAUGUAUUGGGUGAUCAAGCAGACUCCAGAAGGGAGGCCGGUCAAGGACUUUUACCUCUACUCGAUUUUUGGGCUUGCUUUUGCGUCCUUCAAGUUUUUUGACAAGGCUAUUCAUCUUUUUGGACCCGCGGGAUCAUUUGUUUUUGGCUUGACUGUUCCGAAUGGAUAUCCUUUAGGUGCUACUUUGGUUCAAAAGUUUGAGAGCUUUAAUCUUGGAGCUAUUUUGCCACUCUUUGGAUCCUUAACCAUGAUGCAAGUAGAUCUCUUAGGGUUGGUCAAAGAGAGUGGAGAUUUCAUACGGAUGGAGGGUCAAUUCUAUGAGGUCAUUUCCUUUAUUCUUUUGGUGAAUACCGUAAAAUUCGUUGUGACCACCAUAGCAGCGUAUGCUUUUAAAAUGCCCUUGAGAGACUCUUUUGCUUUAGCCCUUGUGCUUAGUAAUAAGGGGAUCUUCGAGCUCGCCUACUACACGUACGCGGUUGAAAUAAAGCUAAUAAGGCCAGAGGUUUUCACAAUCCUAGCUGCAUACUCCCUCUUGAACUCUAUCUUUAUACCAAUGCUCUUGGAGCUCGUGCAUGACCCAACCAAAAGAUUCAAAUGCUACCGAAAAAGGAAUUUGGGCAUCUUGAAAGAGGGUGCGGCUCUCCAAUGUCUUACGUGCGUCUACAAACCUGAUCACAUAACUUCCAUGAUCGACCUUUUGGAAACAUUUAGCCCAUCACAAGAUUCCCCAAUGGCGUGUAACAUACUUCACCUCGUCGAACUUGUGGGUCAAGCCAAUCCUAUGUUCAUUUCCCACCAGUUGCAACAACCAGAGCCCGGAAGUACUUCUCUUUCCGACAAUGUCAUAAUCUCCUUCCGUCGCUUCCAAAGACAAUUCUUUGAAUUUACAUCGUUGGAUAUUUUUACUUCCGUCUCCUUGUCCCAACACAUGCAUGAGGACAUUUGUUGGCUAGCCCUAUCCAGAAGCCUAUCUCUGAUUGUGCUUCCUUUCCACCGAACCUGGUCCGUUGAUCGAUCCACGAUUAUCUCCAACGAUGAUAAGCUGAGAAUGCUCAACCUUAACGUCCUGAGACGUGCCCCAUGCUCUGUUGCAAUCUUCAUCUAUCGCAAGCCCAUCGUCGAAUCUCAUAUGAUUAAUUCCCACAGCAAGAUAUGUUUGAUUUUUAACGGUGGAAAAGACGAUACAGAAGCUUUGGCGAUAACAAACCGAAUGAGACUGACAGACAAGCGAACAAGGCUAACGAUCAUAAGAUUCAUUCCAAAAUCUUCUGAAAUGGAUAACCAUGAGUGGGAACAGCAGCAAUCGAUUAACCUAAAGGAGUCCGUGACUAACCUCAUUGGGUCCAACAUCAAACAAAAUGAUGAGAAGGUGACAUAUAUCGAUAAGGCGGUUUCUGAUGGAUCUGAGACCUCAAGAAUCUUACGAGCAAUGGCAAAUGAUUAUGACUUGUUUAUCGUUGGAAGAGACAGCGGAAUAGGUACUGAGGCUACUAGCGGAAUUAGUGAAUGGACAGAGUUCGAUGAAUUGGGACCCAUUGGAGAUUUAUUAGCAUCACAUGAAUAUCCUUCGAGUGCAUCAGUGUUGGUUGUACAAAAACAAGUACAAGAUUUAUCCCAAAUGGAUGCAGAAAAUGCGACUUGGCGCAAAGAGCUCAUGUGGGACGACGAUGGGAAAAGAGCAGAGAUGGGGACGAAGAUGUUUUGCGAUGUAAGUCCACAUAUAUUGUUGAACUCACAUGGCGUUUCAGAGAAAAUGGAUUCCGGAUCUAAGGGGAUGGAAUUCUGGGAGUACCCUCUUCCACAAUUGGAGAUCAUAAUUCUCUCCAUAUUCCUAUUAUGGCGCUUAUUUGAUAUGUUGUUCAAGAAGUUAGGUGUUCCUAUCCCCAAGUUCACCUCCAUGAUGCUUGUUGGGGCAGUCUUAAAUGAGGUGUUUGGAUCGAUGCAAAUAUCAUGUUUUAAGCAUAUAUUUAUCCAUGAUAACAAGUAUAUGCCAAAGGUUGCUGAUACUAUAGGUGCAUUUGCUUUUUUCCUAGAUUGGUUCCUAAGAGGAGUGACUACGGAUGUUGGAAUAAUCAAAAAGUCAGGAACUAAGAGUGUUGUAAUUGGAAUCACCUCAAUGAUCAUUCCAUGGCAAAUAGGAAAACUCCUUUAUUCAUCUAGAGAGAAAUCAAGUAUCCUGACCAUGACAGAAAACGAGUAUAACGUAAUGACAUUCACCAUGAGCAUGACGCCUUUCACGUGCGUCAACAUGUUGCUUACUGACCUCAAGAUAGUUCACACUGAUUUCGGCCAAAUAGCUCAGUCAUCGGGAAUGGUAACCGAUGUGCUUGCCUUUUUCUUGACUGUAUGGGCUUACAUUAGCCGUGAUGAAACUCAAGGAGUGAAGAUGGGAUUUGCUUUUAUGGCAUUCUUCAUUUUUGUGUACCUUGUGCGACAAUUUAUGCUCUGGGUAAUCAGACAUACCCCAGAGGGAGCGCCAGUGAAGAACAUCUAUCUCUACAUUGGUCUCUUGCUGGCUUACUUAUCUUAUCUUUACUGGAACCGCUUCUUAUUCUUCGGACCGCUGGGGGCAUUUGUUCUUGGUUUGGCUGUCCCUAACGGACCGCCUUUAGGAUCGGAGUUUGGAGAUGAGUUUGGAGAUGGAAAACAUCUCCAUGGACAUAUGUACGAGUGUUUUUCAUUCCUUCCCAUCGUAUACAUAGCGAAAUUCGGUACUUCGUUUUUAGCCGCCAUAGCUACAAAGAUACCUUUGAGAGACUCAAUUAUCCUAGCUGUCAUUAUGGGCACCAAGAGUAGUUUCGAGUUGGCUUACGUACUUACAGCCUUCGAAAAAUACAGGAUUAGUCUGGAGGUUUUGUCUCUCCUGGGCGUAUACAUUCUCGUAAACUCUUUGUUAACACCAAUGGCUAUACAUUUCUUGUAUGACCGGUCUAAAAGAUUUGUGUGUUACGGAAGAAGAAACUUGAAACAGAAGUCAGAACUGCAAACGCUGGUGUGCAUCAACAAGCCUGACAACAUAACAUCGAUGAUUAGCCUUCUCAGAGCAACUUCCCCAUCUAAAGACUCUCCAAUGGAGUGUUGUGUUCUUCACCUAAUAGAGUUACAAGGUCAAGCUACUCCCACGUUUAUCUCCCACCAGCUUCAGAAACCAAAGCCUGGAAGUCGGUCUUACUCCGAAAAUGUCAUAAGCUCUUUCCAACUGUUUCAAGAGAUUUAUUGGGACUCCGCUUCCAUAAACAUGUUCACGUCUUUAACUUCCGCUAAAGAGAUGCAUGAACACAUAUGUUGGUUUGCUCUUAGUCAAGGUUCAAAUCUUAUUCUCCUCUCGUUUCACCGCACUUGGGGGCCUGACGGAAGUGUCGUUAUCUCAGACGAUCAAACCCUAAGAACCCUUAAUCGUAAUGUUCUGAAACGAGCCCCUUGUUCUGUCGGAAUCUUUGUUUAUCGCAAACCAAUUUGGCAAACCAAAGCCCUAGAAUCUCCAUGCCGUGUGUGCUUGAUUUAUGUGGGUGGGAAUGACGACAAAGAGGCCUUGGCAUUAGCUGACCACAUGAGAGGUAACCAACAAGUGAUUCUAACGGUGAUGCGUUUGAUCCCUGCGUCUCAUGCCGAUGAUAUUAGCAAGAGGAUUCAUAGUCAAAUGGUAGACAUGAACCGUCAUGAAGAGAGGCCUCGAGAUGACUCAAUCAUCAUUGAUUGGACGGUGGGGGAUGGUACAGAGACUUCCAAGAUUUUGCACUCCGUGGCUUACGACUAUGAUCUAUUUAUAGUCGGUAGAGGAAGUGGGUUUGGUACUACAGUCACAAGAGGACUCGGGGAUUGGAUGGAAUUCGAAGAACUUGGAAUCAUUGGAGAUUUGUUAGCAUCUGAAUAUUUUCCUUCUAGAGCCUCCGUGUUGAUCGUGCAACAACAAGAAUGAAAAGCAUUUCUCAACUUUAGUUUUUAUCUUGUUUAAAGUUGAGGAACUCUGUAAACAG